UGGGCUCUGAAAACACGCGGGGUGCUCUCGCCUCCCCCUCUUCAGACGGGCCCCCGCUUCCCAGGUCCCGGCAGGUGGGCGAGGCUGGGGGGCGGCCUGGCUCCCGUCAGGGUGCGCCGCCGACCCCAGAGCUCCGCCGCGGCCCCGCGCCCCCGCCUCCUCCGAAGAAACCGAGCUGAAGUGCUAAGUUGGAAGAAAGUCUUUGAAACUCACGCCGCAGCCUAGCAGAGUCCUCGUGGCCCAGGAGUCCCGGCUGUUUCCUUUUCAUCCCCUUCCUUGCAAAUUGGGUUCCCCAGCGCAGGCCGCGGGUCCCCAAGGACAGGAGCGGGAGGCUUGUUUGGCUCCAACUUCUUACCCUGUAACUCCCUAGCGCGGCUCCCAGGCCUGGGUGGAGUUACCAAAAAGCUCGGAGAAGCGACAGGUCCUCUAGGGCCCUGAUCCACGCCACUUCCUGACCCCCGAGAGCGGUGCCUCCGGUUCGGGGCAACUGGGGAAGCCAAGCUUCGACCCUCCAGCCCGGGUCAGCGCUAGCGACGCCGCCGAGGCCUAGUUCUCCGGCGCGGAUAGGGUGCUGGGGCCGCGGGCUCAGCCGGUAGGGUAGGCAGGGAGCGCCCGGGACCUGCUGCCCUCAAACCUCCCAAAUCUGCCAGACCCUUUGGGGCACAGUCCCCGCCCCGACCCCACUGUCCACACCAGGACCCGGUAGAAAGAAGGACCGCUUGAGUUGGUGAAGAAAGGCCUGCGGCUCCGACGAGGCACCCCUAACCUGGGGUCGAGUCUUAGACCCGCCGAGGCUACAGUGGCCCCUUCUGCGUCUUCUGGCCGGCUGUGGGGGACCUGGGCCGAGCCCCAAGACCCAACAGAGCUUGAAAGACUGCGCGGUGGUAGCCCCGCAUUGCGCCUGGCCCCCUGGAUCCGUCGGGGCGCCUUCACCCGGCUGUUAGCAUGAUGUCUUACCUCAAACAACCCCCAUAUGGCAUGAACGGGCUGGGCCUGGCCGGGCCCGCCAUGGACCUCCUGCACCCCUCAGUGGGCUAUCCGGCCACUCCACGGAAGCAGCGGCGGGAGCGCACUACUUUCACGCGCUCGCAGCUGGACGUGCUCGAGGCGCUCUUCGCCAAGACUCGCUACCCUGACAUUUUCAUGCGCGAGGAGGUGGCGCUCAAGAUCAACCUGCCGGAGUCUAGAGUCCAGGUCUGGUUCAAGAACCGUCGUGCCAAAUGCCGCCAGCAGCAGCAGAGCGGGAGCGGGACAAAGAACCGCCCGGCCAAGAAGAAGUCGUCCCCGGUGCGGGAGAGCUCGGGCUCCGAAAGCAGCGGCCAGUUCACGCCGCCCGCCGUGUCCAGCUCCGCCUCGUCCUCGAGCUCGGCUUCCAGCGCUUCCGCCAACCCGACGGCCGCGGCGGCCGCAGGCCUGGGCGGGAACCCGGCGGUGGCAGCGCCGUCGUCCUUGAGUACGCCUGCCGCCUCGUCCAUCUGGAGUCCGGCCUCCAUCUCUCCGGGCUCCGCACCUGCGUCGGUGUCGGUGCCCGAGCCCUUGGCCGCACCUAGCAACGCGUCGUGUAUGCAGCGCUCGGUAGCGGCCGGCGCGGCCUCGGCUGCAGCCUCCUAUCCCAUGUCCUACGGCCAGGGCGGCAGCUAUGGCCAGGGCUACCCCGCGCCCUCCUCCUCCUACUUCGGCGGUGUGGACUGCAGCUCCUAUCUGGCGCCCAUGCACUCGCACCACCACCCGCACCAGCUCAGCCCCAUGGCACCAUCCUCCAUGGCAGGCCACCAUCACCACCACCCCCACGCACACCACCCCUUGAGCCAGUCCUCCGGCCACCACCACCACCACCAUCACCACCACCACCAGGGCUAUGGCAGCUCAGGGCUCGCCUUCAACUCUGCCGACUGCUUGGAUUACAAGGAGCCUGGCGCCACCGCAGCUUCCUCUGCUUGGAAACUCAACUUCAACUCGCCCGACUGUCUGGACUAUAAAGACCAAGCCUCCUGGCGGUUCCAGGUAUUGUGAGCCCAGGAGCGGGAGAGGAGGAAGAGAAACGAAAUACCUACGCUCCCUGCGGUCCCCGUCCUGUUGCUGCUGCUGCACCACCCGCCUUUGCCUCGGCUUCUCCAGAUCUGAUUUUCAUGCCCCUAAACGAUGCCCAUGGCCUGCACUGCCACCCUCACCUUCGCGCCACUUGCUAGGGUAGGAGGUGCAAAUCCACCCACCCCUUUGACGAAGGGACCGGUGCUUUGGCUUGGCCCACAAGUUCUAUACGGGAGCGAGCGCUGUGUGCUCUCCCCUUUAACCCGACCGAACUCCUAAUUCACCCUCUCCCAGUCUUUCUGGACAAUUAGUAUGCACUUGCAGCCUUCGGAGGCUCUCGGCUCUGACCGGCUGUUUGAGCCCUACACUUUUAUUUAUUCUUCCUGGACACUGGAGUCACUAACUGGCAUGUGUUUGCCCAUUUGAGUGCACCCACACUCUACUCCAAACACCCACCGCGUAUUCUUCCCGUGCAGGCUGCCGUCCCUUCAUCUGCCCUGGGCCCCCGCUCCCCGCCUGCAGGCCCGAGCUCUCGGCUCUUCCUCCUCCCAGGACGCAGGAUGCGCUGGGGCCGGCCGGGAGGAGGCGCCCCCCGCUUCUCACGCUCAGCCCCGCCCCGCCCCGCGUAGACCAGGCUCACGCUUCCGCCUCAGCGGGAAUGCUGUACAUAGUCGGUCCGUUCCAAGGACCACUCACACUUUCUAGUGGCUGUUGGUUGAACUGAAGCAUAUCUCGUUUUAGCGCCCAGGAAAUAGAACUUUAAGAUAUAUACAACAUAUAUAUAUAUAUAUACAUAUACACAUCUAUAUAUAAAACAAAAGCAAAAAUAUUUCCCUCUGUCCUCCUGCUUCUCUUCCUCAAACGAUGGCGCUUUUACUUUUUCAGUUGUUCAAAGCUGCCCUGCCCUCACACCUUUUCCCUGUUUGUAUUUAUUAAAGAGAACCGUUUGGGCACUGGGGAUCGGAGGGCCCGGAGUGUGGAGGAAGCGGAAAAGUCAGGUUAGAGGGGAGGGGGCUGGGCUGGGGCGCAGGGCUGUGUCCUUCAGGGCUAAGCACAGGGUCGCAGUUCUGGUUGAGAGACCAAAAAAGGAAAAAAAAAAAAAAAGGAAAGAAAAACAUAUUAUGGAAAAACAAACAAACCCAGGUCCCAAACCCCAGUUCCCAUUCCCGCCAGCUUCUCUCUCUCAGCCUCCCCUGUUUUGUCUAGUGAGUUCUUAGUGCACCUCGCGCUUCCAAAUAUGCGGCCCGCCCGCGCCUGUGUAUCAAUUUUGGCUUUGGCCGUUUCGUCCAGUAGGUGGGAAAGUAAUUUGUAAAUUUAAUUUGUCCGAUGUAAAGAUCACAAAUUACUUGUUGAAAUGUGAGGCAGCCCCCCCCCCACCCCGUUUAUCUACAUAACUUCCCGAAAAUAAAUGCAAAUUCAUGAA